CUUUCAAGCUUGCAAGAAUGAAGAGAUCAAUAAUGAGGCGAUCAAUUUCGAUCGAUUUCUCUUUCGUCAUUCUACUCGUAUUGAGUGUCUUUGAUGUGAAACCAUCGGGUUCUUGGUCCAUUGGCGUUAGUUAUCCAGAGCCCGAGUCCGGGAUUGACGACUCCAAGGAGACGCGGAAGGAGCGAUUGAAUCUAAUCUAUCCAGGUACAAAGUGGUGUGGAAGCGGAAACGUUGCGGAAAACUCGGAGGAUCUUGGCCACUUUCCUGUGACUGAUGCAUGCUGUCGUGAUCACGAUCAGUGUGAUGAUGUAAUCGAAGCUAUGGGAACUCGGCACAACAUUACCAAUUCAGCCUUCUAUACCAGGGUCGAGUGCUCCUGCGAUGAAAAAUUUUACGACUGCCUUCACCAUUCAGACGACAAGAUUGCACCGCAGAUAGGUACAUUCUACUUCAGUCUCCUGAACACCCAGUGUUUCCGGAGAGACUAUCCGAUCAUUUCGUGCAAACGUUAUUCCACCGAGCUCUCCCGACAGGUAUCCGAGACGCUGCGUGGAAUACGAUCUGGACGAGAGCCAGCCGAAAAUACACCAGUGGUUCGACGUGCCUCCGUACUGAUGAUCGUCGGCCCGGAAUCAAGUGCACCUCAGCCAAAAGCCGCUCCUCUUGCUGUGAGAUCCUUUAACCCGCUCUCUUGAUGCUCUUACUCCUGCUCAACUUUUGGCGUUAACUUGAAUUUUCAUUCAACAACGACCCACUCCAUCUAAUGGGACUCCAGGGUGGCUUGAUUGCCCGGAAAUGAAUCGUUCAAUUUUUACUUUUCUUUCAUUUUCAUAAUGAGUGAAUUCCCUCUAUCUAGCAUUUAAGACGAAAAAAA